AACAAAACUGUUGCAGGGUUGAGGCUUGGUGAGUGAUAUCCCAAGCAGAACAACAAAGCCCUUGUUUUUCUGACAAUGUCACUGUCGUACCAUGCCAUCAUCCAGACUGCCUAAGGACAACACAAUGGCGAGUGUCUCACUGUGCUUCGUGCUUCUAAGUCUCCAGCUCUGGUGUGUAGGAUUUACCCUGAAGCAGAAUGUUCCAGAAUUUGUUGACGAUGAGUCUUAUUUGGGUGAUCCCUCAAGGACUGGAGAGUCAGUUCCAGCAGUUAUCUGGUGUCAGUGCCAGGGACUGAUCCAGAGACAAUCCUGUGAGGAAGAGCUGUGUACUGUGAAGACCUCAGGGGAGACAUACCAGCUGCGAUUCUCUAUCGAGAACAGACUUGCUUCUGACUUUUCUCUAGUUCAUCAUGUCUUCAACUCCUCUUACAGCACUAUCAAACAAUUACCAGGCAAUUGUGUUCAAAAUGGAGAGUUAGUGUGGCCCCCAGGUGUUCGGGCACUGACUACUUACUGCAGUAAUCACCUGCACGCUCUGAUAUUUACAAAGGACAAGAAGAUAUCCAUUCAUGCAAAGGAUUUGAAACUGGCUGGAGAAGGGGAUAAUGUUACAUCAUUUGUUACAUUCCAUUAUCUACACUCAAAUACCACCAGAACUGCUGAUGACAGUCGAUCCGGCUCCUCUCUGGUGUCGAGGCGGUCUGUGAGGGAGACCAAACACCUGGAACUGUUGGUUGUGGUGAAACACGAUGUGUACAACUUUCAUAAACAGGACACAGAGCGCUAUAUUCUCACCAAUCUGAACAUUGCCACUGAGCUCCUACGAGACGCUUCCCUGGGUGCCCAACUACGUGUCCACCUAACGAAGAUGAUCAUCCUGACUCAGCCUGAGCUGGGACUGGAGAUCACUAGAAACCUCACCUCAUCACUGAUUGACUUGUGCAGAUGGAGCCGAACAGUUAACCCAGAGAACGAUUCCGAACCACUCCACGCUGACCUGGUCCUCUAUGUUACCAGGUUUGACCUAGAAUCUGGCAACGGGAAUAAGAUGGUUCGUGGUGUGACUCAGCUGGGGGGAUUGUGCAGCCGGUCAUGGAGCUGCGUCAUAACUGAGGACACUGGGUUCAAUCUCGGCAUCACCAUGGCUCAUGAGAUUGGUCACAGUUUCGGCAUCAGUCACGAUGGGACUGGAAACAACUGUGUAGACAAAACACACAUCAUGGCAGCAGAGGGUGGCUACAACAGCAUUGAUCUGACCUGGUCUGAGUGCAGUCGGGAGCAGUUUGUAAAGUUCCUCAGCACCAGCCAAGCAACUUGCUUGAAUGAUCUGCCAGCAACAGAAUCCGAUCUUUCUGGUCAGAAACCAGGCCUGUUCUAUGGGGUGGAUGACCAAUGCAAGAUAGCCUUUGGAGACAAGGCAUCUGCCUGCACUUUCAGCAGACACGACAUUGAUGUGUGCAAUGUUCUGUCAUGUCACACAGAUACAACAGAUCCCACCAUGUGCACCCGGUUGUAUAUUCCCCUCCUGGAUGGCACAGAGUGCGGCACCAACAAGUGGUGUUUGAAAAGGAGCUGCACAUCUCUCGGGGACCUGGAUGUGACUGGAGUUGUUCAUGGAUCCUGGUCUAGUUGGCGUCCGUUCAGCAGCUGUUCACGAAGCUGUGGUGGAGGGGUUAUUCUUCGACACAGAUACUGUAAUAAUCCAAGACCAGCUUUCGGCGGCCGUAAAUGCGAGGGAGUGGAUCUGGAGGCUAUCAUGUGCAACACACAGCCCUGCCAGGGAACUCAGUUGGAUUUUAUGGCUACACAGUGUUCUGACACCAAUUCUCAGCCACUCUACCAAUCCUCCGGUAUUCCAGUUUACUACAAGUGGUUGCCCGCCCUUGGCUACACAAAAGGUAAUGUGCUGUGUAAGCACAUGUGCCGAGCAGAAGGAAAAAGUUUCAUGGUGAGCCGGGGGGACAGUUUUGUGGAUGGGACCAGGUGUGAGAUAAGUGAUCUAGAGACAGCACCAUCGUAUAAACUGUGUGUCACAGGACAUUGCAGGGUAUUUGGCUGUGAUGGAAAGUUGGAUUCUGGCCAGAUACUGGACAAUUGUCGGGUGUGUGGAGGCAAUAAUUCCAGCUGCCGGGAAUUAGCCGGCUCCUACAAGAAGGGUAUCCCCAGAGCUUAUGUCACUUUUCUCACAAUCCCACCUCGGUCUACCAAUGUUCGAGUCUCCAACACCCAGGCUGUGUUCUCCCAUCUUGCGGUUAAGAUUAACGGUCAGUACAUUGUGGCCGGGACCCAGAAAAUUUCACUCAAUGUCUCAUACCCGAGCAGCCUGGAGGACAACAAGGUCGAGUACCGGCUAUACCUGACACAACAGAAACUACCACACAUGGAGGAGAUUGUCAUCGAUGGACCCACCAGUGACACCAUUGAAAUACAGGUAUUCCGGAAAUACGGAGACCAAUACGGAGAUAUCGUAAGCCCGAAAAUCAGCUACAGUCUGUACAUCCCGAAGCAGAAUGUGUCGUAUGUUUGGCACGAGGUUACUGAUGCCUGUUCAACCAGCUGCGGGCCAGGGACUGUGACGGUCCGUCAUGUCUGUGCUGAUCGCCGCUCUGAGCAAGUUGUGGAGCAGCAGCAUUGCUUGCAAUCAGAUAGACCCACCGAUAGGCUGGAACCCUGUACCAUUGCACCGUGCCCUCCAUGGUGGGAAGUAGGAGAGUUCAGUGAGUGCAGUGUUACAUGUGGUGGAGGUCUGCGAGAAAGGGCUAUUUACUGUGUGAAGCAAGAGGCACUUGAGAGACAACAGACAUCUGAUACAGCGUGUGCAGUUACUGCCAGACCCCAAUCAGUGGAAAUGUGUAAUAGCCAGCCCUGCCCAGUCAGGUGGACAGUUUCGAAUUGGAGUAUCUGUUCUACAUCCUGUGGAGUUGGAAUUGCUGAGAGGUCAGUGACCUGUGUCCAGUCAGUUAAUGGGACAGAUAUGGAAGUGAACGCGACACUGUGUCCAGCUAAAGCACAGCCUCCAGGUGUUACACCUUGUAUUGUGAGCAUCUGUCCUUUUGAACUGGCACAGAUGCCCUGGUCGGAGGUAUCCAAACAACUGGGGAAAGAGACUGGAAAUGUCACAAAUGCCACAGCCGUCCCGGAUUCCCCAAGUGAGAGGCGCAUGUACCUUUGGGUUCCAAUACUGGGGCCCUGUUCCACGAGCUGUGGAGAAGGAGUGCUUGAUGUCAGGUAUGUGUGUGCCAACCCUGAGACCAGGGAGGAAGCACAGCAGGAACUUUGCCACCAGACCUUCCAGCCUCAUAUACGCUUCAUGCAGUGCAAUCUUCAAGCCUGUCCUCCCUGGUGGGAAGUCAAUGCGUUUGGCCCUUGCAAUGCAAGCUGUGAUGGUGGGAUUCGGGAACGGGAUGUGUACUGCGUAGAGGAAGAGAAGAGUGUGAGACAGAGGGUCCCUCCUUCAGCAUGUGAAAUUACACUCAGACCAGCUUCAACAAAGAUCUGUAACACUGAGCCCUGUCCAGUGCAAUGGCAGACCAAGUCUGAAUCGUGCAGUGUGUCAUGCGGAGGAGGAUUCAGGAGAAGGCUGCUGUAUUGUAUAAAAACUCGGGGAGAACAAGAACAGCUGGUGCCACACAAAGAAUGUUUACAUUUGCCUCAACCCGAGGACAAGGAGACCUGUAAUCUUCAUCCGUGCCCACCAAGGUGGCAGGUUUCCGAGCCCGGCCGAUGUUCCGUGGUGUGUGGGAAUGGUCUGGCGAAGAGGAGGGUAUCCUGCGUCCAGUUUCGCAAUGGAACCAAUGUGGAAGUGAAGAAAACUCUGUGUUCGGUGCUGGAGGAGCCACAGUCCCUUGUUCCUUGUGUGGUCAGCAACUGUCCAUUUGGCUGGAUUGUCCAGGACUGGUCCAAGUGCUCAGUUUCCUGUGGGCAGGGAACCCGGAAGCGGCAGCUGCUCUGCAGUAAAGUGGAAACAGCGGAGACUGUGCCCGAUGCUUUCUGUGACCAUCUGACAAAGCUCACCGCAGUGGAGCCCUGUGACUCAGGACCCUGCCCAACACAAAGGUCAAACGUGACAACAGCAGUGCUGGUCCCCACAGGCGCUGCCUCCAUUACUCGCUCAGCUGUAAUGAAACACAGGGUGGUGACAAACCGAACCACACCAGCAAAAUCCAGAAAGGAUGAAGACAGCCGGGAUACCAGUCAAUGUGGCAAGCUGUUUCUCAGCGAAUCAGGAACUCUGAACCUGACCAGCUUAUUGGGGAGGGAUUGCCUGCUGACAAUUGGACGACCACUCAAUGAAGUCAUCACUGUCCGUGUUCUAACCAGCUCCUUAAACUGCACAAAGAAGGACUCAUUGUCAUUUUGUGGUCGUCGAUUGUUUUGGAAGACUUGCUCGCCUUUGAGUGGGUUUAAGCUCACGUCUGUCACGAAUACUCUCACAAUCAGGCAACGGACCAACACUGAGGAUAGUGGAACCAUCCUUCAGUACUUCAGUAGUGUUUCAUCUCGACAGUAUUUUAGAGAAUGCGACAGACAGCUAUAUGGACCAGGGGGUGCAAUUGUGAGUCCCAUGCAGCCCUAUAUAGAGGGUCAAGCCUGUCGGACCAUUAUCAAUGUGGCUCCAAACAGCCGGAUCGCGAUCAGAGUUCUAUACCUCAGAUUCAAUAUUGGAAUCAAUGUCACUGCAACUGACUACAUUCUUAUAAAAGAUGUCACCACUCAGAGAUAUUCUGCGUACCGUGGUAACAGCCUAUUCCAGUGGCAGUCGUUAGGCAGCUCCGUUGAGAUUGAAUUUCAUGGUGAUUUCGGAUUCCGUGCUCUGUUCAGAGCUCUGCCCUCCAGGACCCUGGGUAUUACCCGUAGGCUGAACUGUGGGUAGGAGGCAUUCAGGCAGAAUCUCUCUCCCCCAGAUCAUCCUGAUGCUUCCUUAUUUCCACACGGCUGUCCUCUGGUUCUCACUCCCCUGAUGGCACUUGUAAAGGAUCGUUCUUUCCCAAAGUCAAGGCAAUCUUUGCUGUAUUUACCUCCUAAUGGAAACCAGACUUGCUGUAAUGUUACGCUGCAAGGAAUUUGUGUAGAAUCUAAUUGCAGGCUUCAGUAACUUGGAGGUGGUUGAAUGGACACUGAAACGUUCCAGCUAUGACCAGCGAGUAUCUGUUUCAAUUUGUGCUUUUGACAGCCCAAGAUCUCCAAUCGUUCAGACCCAUUGCAUCAAUUGUGAUGAAGCAGAGAAUAAUCAGAAAAUGGUCUCUGUCCCAACCCAAACCACACAAGCUCCCAGCAGGGCUCUUAUUGUUUACACAGGAGAGCAGCAAAGAGGCAUUGAGUUUCAUUUCUGAAGACCUGGGAAUGAUUAUUUAAAAGCAGACUAAAGGACGAUCUAAUUGAGGUGCUUAAGAUGAUUCAGGAUUUGAUAGAGUCGUUCGAAGGAAACUAUUUCCUCUGCUGAGGUUCUGAGGGUGAAAGGGAAGAUUAUUCACAUUCAUGCCAGGCCUUCAGGGCUGAUGUCAGAAGCACAUCCUCACACAAAACAAAUCUGGAACUUUCUCUCCUCAAGUUAAAACCUGUUCAUGCUGGGGUUAAAGUAGGGAUGGGCUGGUGUCAAUUAAAACUUUCAAAAGUUCAGUGCUCCUGUGCUCACUGCAAUCCACUUCCUCCAUGCUCUCUGUUCCAAGGUUUCUUCUGAAUUUCCUAUUGAUUUAUGACUGACAAUAUUAUAUUUAUGCUACCUAUAAAUCAUUCAUGUUAAAAAUAUCAAAUUUGAAUAAAGGUGUGUGAAGACAGUGUUAAUGUACACCAGGCCUCAUGGUAUAGUGCUAGAUCUACAUUGACAGGUCGAUUAGUGACUUGGGCCCCCACAUCCCACUGAGCUCUCACACUGCCACUUGCAGAAGUCUCCCUAGCUCUGCCAUCUUUGAGCUAACUCAGCCUUGGUCAGAUGGCAGGUCAGAGUUGAAGAGAGGUGCCAUGCACUGUGCUAGUUCAGCAGAAGGGAUCUUUAGGCCGAUGUAUCCUUCCCAAACUCAUGAGUAUAGUCUUGCAUGUGGAACCCCAUCUGAACUGGUGGAGUUGAUCUGACUACUAGCUGACAAUUGUUCGAUGAUGGGUGCAGGCCAUUACAUAAAGCUCAGGGACUGGCAGAAAGUUAGCCAUUUGUCAACUGUUGGGUUGAAUGUUUUUGAUUUUACUUUGUCAUAGGCUUUGAUUGAUUGUCAGUCACAGGUCUUACAUACCAAGGACAGGGGAACUGACUCACCUGAAAUGUCAGCCUUCCUGCUGCUCUGAUGCUGCCAGGCCUGCUGUGUUCACCCAGCUCCACACCGCAUUAUCUCUGUUGACUUGCCCGAUUAACUGAUUUCAACUGAAUUGGGAGUAAUCAUGCUGGAUUCUUGUGAUCCUGUAUGAUGGGAAAUCUGUGCGCAGCAGGAAGACACGCUCCUGAACUGGUGUGAUAAUUGGAAAUGGCAUUCUGAGCUGGAGGCAUGGCUGGUUUUGAAGUUUGGCCCAGCUUGGAGCGAGACAUUUUCUCUAGCAGGAAGCUGCUGCCUAGUGUGAUUGUGGCUAAGAUCACAGAUAUUUAAAAUCCUGUGAUCCAAUACAGCCCAAAACAGGAGGGGCACAGGGUUAAGGUGAGAGGGGAAAGAUUUAAAAGGGAUCUAAGGGACAAUUUCUUCAUGCAGAGGGUAGUAUGUGUAUGGAGUGAGCUGCCAGAGGAAGUGGGGGAGGCUGGUACAAUUACAGCAUUUAAAAAGUGUCUGGAUGGGGACAUGAAUAGGAAGGAUUUAGAGGGAUAUGGGCCAAAUGUUGGCAAAUGGGACUAGAUUAAUUUAGGAUAUCUGGGUCAGCAUGAAUGAGAUGGACUGAAGGGUCUGUUUCUGUGCUGUACUCUAAGACUUCAAUUGAAUCCAUCCAAGGAAAAGCAGAUUCCUAUGGAAAGCAAGAUAAAAAAAAUGAAGGGUCUAGGCCCGAAACGUCAGCUUUUGUGCUCCUGAGAUGCUGCUUGGCCUGCUGUGUUCAUCCAGCUUCACACUUUAUUAUCUCGGAUUCUCCAGCAUCUGCAGUUCCCAUUAUCUCUUGCUAUGGAAAGCAGUUUGAUGUGUAUGUACUGUCGGUGCUGUAACCCUUCAGCUGCUGUGGCUGUUUGAGUUUGAGUUAAUCCCAGGAAUUGUUUUAUAUUAGUGUUUUGUAUUUUAGUUGCAUUUCUUCAUCUUUUGAUAUGCAGAUUUCAUUCAAUGUAUAUCAUCUGUGGUUGAAACCUGUUACACCAUCUGUGAGACAGUGAGCAUCAAACACAGUGAAGACCUUGAAUUUUUUACUGUCUGGAAUGACCGCCUUGACAGAGCCACAAAUCAGAGAAGGAGCUGGCUGGAGUGUCACAUCGAUAUAAAAACUCUCAUAGGUGUGAUUGAAACCAGAGUGUAGAUUCUUCACAAUUGUGCUUCCUGCCAUCACAGGGGCACCUGUAGGUUCAGGUGGCAACAAAUACCACACAUUGGCGUUGACUCAGCUCAUUUGACUACGAUAUACACUUGAAAGACAUGAGGUGGUACUGAUGGUACAGUGGUAAUGUCCCUGCGUCUGGACCAGGAUGUCUGGGUUUAAGUCCCACCUGCUCCAGAGCUUGAGAACUAUUUCUCUGAACAAGUUAAUUAGAAAAUAACUUUUAAAAAAUGAUUAUUAGUAGCUCCUUCAGUCCACAAUUCCUCAUAAAAUUAGCUCCAUAUGUAGGUAUUAAUACUUAGAAGGUAUUUCAGUUGAAUGAAGUCCAGAAGGGGGAGGUGAUGGCAUAUAGUAUUGCCAUUGGACUUGGCAUCCAGCAGGCCAGGCUGAUUCUCCAGGGGGCACUGGUUGUCCAACUUAAUCACCCUUGACCAGAGUGUCUUACUCAGCCAUCCCAGAGCCAGCCCCAUUGUGUCUUACACAGCCAUCCCAGAGCCAGCCCCAUUGUGUCUUACACAGCCAUCCCAGAGCCAGCCCCAUUGUGUCUUACUCAGCCAUCCCAGAGCCAGCCCCAUUGUGUCUUACUCAGCCAUCCCAGAGCCAGCCCCAUUGUGUCUUACUCAGCCAUCCCAGAGCCAGCCCCAUUGUGUCUUACACAGCCAUCCCAGAGCCAGCCCCAUUGUGUCUUACUCAGCCAUCCCAGAGCCAGCCCCAUUGUGUCUUACUCAGCCAUCCCAGAGCCAGCCCCAUUGUGUCUUACUCAGCCAUCCCAGAGCCAGCCCCAUUGUGUCUUACUCAGCCAUCCCAGAGCCAGCCCCAUUGUGUCUUACUCAGCCAUCCCAGAGCCAGCCCCAUUGUGUCUUACACAGCCAUCCCAGAGCCAGCCCCAUUGUGUCUUACUCAGCCAUCCCAGAGCCAGCCCCAUUGUGUCUUACACAGCCAUCCCAGAGCCAGCCCCAUUGAGUCUUACUCAGCCAUCCCAGAGCCAGCCCCAUUGGAUGUGGACCUUGUGGAAGCCAGACCAGGUAAGGACAGCAGAUUCUCUUCCCAAAUGAAAUUUGAGGUUUUUACAACAAUUUCUCAUGAUCAUCUUUAUCAAGACAAGCUCUAAAUUACAAACAUAUUCAUGAAAGUAAAUUCUAACAAAUGCCAGGGUGGGAUUUAAAUUCCCAGACCUUGGAUUAUUAAUCUGCAUGACCACAAUGUCACUGUUGCUCAAGCAUGGUUACAAUUGAGGAGGUUCUUUAAUCCAUGUGUUAAACCUGUAUUAAACUAUUUUAUACACAUUAAA